CUGGGGCUGAUGCAAUCCUUCAAGAAGACCGAACGUGUCGUCAGCUUCACCAGCUAUUAAAGACAAACAGCCUUUCUCUGUAACUAACCAAGGCGCCAAGAAACAAGGGACACUCGUAUCUUCGAGUUUUAUAAAGAUCACCCAGCUAAUUAUCUGGUGACUGUGAAGAUGCCUUUUAUCAGAGCAUUCAGCAAGGUGGCUAAGCAGGCCCUCCUGAGCCCAGGAUGUGGCUGUCAGCCAAUCACAGUGGCCGUACGGACCAUCAGCUUCUCACCUCGCCAGGUCACCUCAGACGCCAGUUUCCACUCCGUGUCCUUCUCUGAGACGGACCACCCCAAGGUGCUCAUCACAGGUGGCCUUGGACAGUUGGGCGUAGGGCUGGCUACAAUGUUGAGGAAGCGGUUCGGAAACAACAACGUGAUCCUGUCGGAUAUCAGGAAGCCUCCAAGUCACAUCUUUCACAGCGGACCCUUCAUCUACUCUGACAUCCUGGACUAUAAAAACCUUCGUGAGAUCGUUGUCAACAACCGCAUCACCUGGUUGGUUCAUUACAGUGCCCUGCUCAGUGCCGUGGGAGAGUCCAAUGUCGCUCUGGCACGGGACGUCAACAUCACUGGGCUCCACAACGUCCUGGACAUUGCAGCGGAGCACGGACUGCGUCUGUUUGUCCCCAGCACCAUCGGAGCUUUCGGGCCCACCUCUCCCCGGAACCCGACCCCUGACCUCUGUGUCCAGAGACCCAGAACCAUCUAUGGGGUCUCUAAAGUCCACGCAGAGCUCAUGGGAGAGUACUACCACCACCGCUACGGCCUUGACUUCCGCUGUCUGCGCUACCCAGGAAUCAUCUCUGCUGACUCGCAGCCUGGAGGAGGAACGACAGACUACGCGGUAGCCAUCUUUCACGACGCCGUAAAGACGGGGAAGUUUGAGUGCAACCUGAAGCCAGACACGCGGCUGCCCAUGAUGUACAUCGACGACUGUCUGCGUGCCACCGUGGAGAUGAUGGAAGCGCCCGCAGACACCCUCUCCAUGAGGACCUAUAACAUCAACGCCAUGAGCUUUUCCCCUGAAGAGCUGGCUCAGGAGGUCCAGAAACAGCUGCCGGACCUGGAGGUCACCUACGACAUCGACCAAGUCAGACAGGCCAUCGCCGACAGCUGGCCAAUGAACUUUGACGACUCUAACGCGCGGAACGACUGGGGCUAACACGACUACGACCUCCCGGAGCUCGUCCAGACCAUGCUCAACUACAUCGGCUCAGACUCGCGCAUCGCAAAGGCUAACUGAGGGGAAAGAGGUGGCGUGAUGCUGGCUGAUGUGAUGCUGGCUGACGUGAUGCUGGGUGGGGUGCUGGGGCAGUGUUUCUUUGUACAUACUGUAAAGACUGUUGUUUUAUAGGAGGGAGACACGUGGUGUGUAAAUAGUCGUUUUCUCAGUCAUUUGGAAGGGCUCUCAAUCUGUCUGUGUUUGUCUCGGGGUCUGUCUGUGUUUGUCUCGGGGUCUGUCUGUGUUUGUCUGUGUUUGUCUCGGGGUCUGUCUGUGUUUGUCUCGGGGUCUGUCU